UAAUAAAUAUAUACCCAUCCAUCCAUCUAGCUAAUUAUCGUAUUUACAUUUAUACAUACACAUAAUAUCUAUAUUUAUGGUAUGUAUGUAUAUGCAUAUACAUAGAUACCAUAAAUCUGUUCAACACGCCCUGGUGGAUUAUUAAAGAAAAAAGGGAAGAAUAUUACACAGUUACCAUCAUCCCCCAAACAAUAACAAGAAAAUGGGAGCUCAACAGACCAAAGAACCAAGAUCGUCCAGUUCUGGGAAAAGUAAAGUACCGAAGACAAAAGAACCACGGAUCUCCUCUGGAAAUAUUUUUGCAGAGCACAAUGAAGCAAUAUUAAAUCGUCCACUACCUGAUGCACCCACUGAAGCGCUGGGUACUAAAUGGAUGUCCAAAGAAAAUUUACUGUCCAGUCAGACUGAAGAUGAUCCAAACUUGUUUGUGGCUUUAUAUGAUUUCCAGUCUGGUGGAGAAAACCAACUCAGUAUUGUAAAAGGUGAACAAAUGACGAUUCUUGGCUACAACAAAGGUGGUGAAUGGUGUGAGGUAAAGAACAAAGCUGGUGACAUUGGUUGGGUACCAAGUAACUAUAUUGCUCCAGUUAAUAGCUUAGACAAAUUCUCCUGGUACCAUGGACCUAUAUCUAGGAAUGCUUCGGAAUAUUUACUAAGCAGUGGAAUUAACGGCAGCUUUUUAGUUCGCGAGAGUGAAAGUAGCCCGGGUCAACGCUCCAUAUCUGUACGAUAUGAAGGAAGGGUUUACCACUAUAGGAUUAGUGAAGAUUCUGAUGGAAAGGUAUAUGUUAUAGCAGACAAAAUGCUUUCCAGCAUUUGUUCUUGCUCUUUACGCUCCAUGUUUGAAUCUUGCAAGAGCCAACAUUGCCUUUCAUCUUUUCAGGGUCAACAAAAUACGAUGCAUCUGUCAAGUGCUGGGAUCUAUUUAACCAGUUAA